CUUCAAGCUUCGGGCCUAGCAAGCUUUAAUCAAUUACGUCAGAGGCACUUUAGUUAUACAAAAUAUUUGACCAAACGUCGCAAGUUCGCGCGCGACUACACUACAAGGCAUCUCUGGUAUAACUAAUUAUACCUACGUAUAUACACAUUUACCUGCUUUUAUAUUAUCUUACUAUCUGGUCAAAGUCAGUUUGUUUUUUAGUUUAUUUUAUUAUUAUUUUUAAUCUUCGAAUUCCAAGCGUUCCUGUUUCUCUGUAGCUCAUUCUUUUUGCGCGCGCUCGCCGCCGUAUAGCGCGCAGCAUCGCUACCUAUAUCCAAGUUCUGCGCGUUGGGCUAAAAAGUCGCAGUUGUCAUUCUUUUUAACUCUUAUCGCGGUUCCGCUGAGCGUUGCGACCAUGAUCGCGUUUGGAAUGGCAGUGAGCUACUUGCUCUUCUCCGUUCUCCAUUUCGCCCAAUUUGUACUUGCCAUUACUGUCUGCGGAUUAUACGGCGUUGACCUCUCGCGCGCGCGUUCCCAGGGCAAAUACAUCGAUGGAAAAUGGGUCUACGCUGAAGUUGUGGGGGCUCUUGCUGCACUGACGGCCGUCCUUUACUUCAUCCCGUUCAUUUUACGGUUCGCGGCAAUCACGAUAUGGAAUUUUAUCAUGUUUGUCUUGUGGAUAGCUCUCUUCGGUCUGUUUGGCAGCAUGUAUAUCCACGAAGACCCGGAAGGAAAUGGAGACAUCCAAAGGAUGAAGAACGCCGUAUGGGUUAAUUUGGCGAACGCAAUACUAUGGUUGAUCGGGUUCGUUGCGAGCGCCGCUUAUUGGUGGACUCACCGUGAUCGUCGGAGUCGCUUUACUGGCCGUGCUCAACUGGGUCGGAAUACGUCGGUUCGAUCGACCACUUGGACGGCGUGAUUCUAUCCUAUGCGGCUAUUAUGUUGUUUCGAGUAUAUUAUAUUGGUAGGUUCUGACGUUGACAGGGAAGAUGUUGGGACGUACAUGCGGUUAUGGUGGUGGGAAGCAUGAGUGACAGAUUGACACUGAGAGAGUUACGAAUACCCAAAAAGCGCGGCUUGGAUUUCGGAACAAUUCGUCAUGGAUGUAAAGUGACAUAAUCAAAGAGUUGGAGUCAAUAGAUAGUCGAGGCUCUGCGAAGUCUAUGCCACGUUGCAUUAUAGGCCUGUAGCUCAUUCGACUUUGCAUAUAGCCAGCAUCGAUAAAAAGAGGAGGUUUAUAUGUGCAAGUGUCGUCUAGAACGUGACAUUUAUUGCAACGUCCUUUAAAAGCUUGUCAUCAUCCACUUAAGUUAGGUAUACCGCUUCAACCUAUACUAGGCUCUCUUUUAGUAGUCCAGGUUCUACAUAGCCUUACUGAUGCGGUAGCGCUGGGGCUGUGGUUUUAUGCGUGCUUGUUUCCAAGAGAAAAAUAAAUGGAACUAAAAAAAAUUAGGUAGAUAUCGUGUUGGACGAAUGACUUUUCUAAAGUGACUGCGUUAGGUACCUAAGGUAUGU